AACAAAAGUACCUUUGAAGGCAAUUCUGCCGUAGCCUUGGUUCCUUGCUCUCCAGAGAGCUGACACCCCUUCACUGGGGUGCAUGAGCAGGAUAGAUAGGGAGACCGGGCCCUCCCAGAACAGAGUGAAGCUGACGAGGAUACUGCUCUCUUCGCUUCCAAAUGCCUCAGCUCGGAAGCUAUUCCUGAUGGUGUUAGUUAUCUUUGUUUUCUUCGUAAUCUUCAUGGCUUCAAAAGACCACACAGAGUUUAUGUUUCACGUAAACAACCCCAUCAUUCUGAGACGAUGGCGCAUCUUCAAGGAGUUCUUAGACUUGGAAGAGCUUCAGAACACACCAGCCUCAGUAGAGGCAGAGCUGGAAGUCACAGAAAUACUGGAGAAGCUAAACCAGCAGAUCCCACCCAGACCUUUCCUCAACCAGAGCAGCACCACCAGUGCCAAACAGAGCACGGCCACCAUCCACAACCCUCAGCACACAUACUGCAUAGGAGACAAGCUGGACAUCUUGCUGGUGGCCAAGGACUAUUUGGGUCACAGGAAGGAAUAUGGUGGGGAUUUCCUGAGGGCCAGGAUGUCCUCCCCAGCCCUGAAGGCAGGCGCUUCUGGAAAGGUGACGGACUUCAACAAUGGCACCUACCUCGUCAGCUUCACUCUGUUCUGGGAGGGCCCAGUCUCCCUGUCUAUCCUGCUCAUGCACCCCAGUGAAGGGGUGUCAGCUCUCUGGAGAGCAAGAAACCAAGGCUAUGGCAGAAUUAUCUUCACUGGCCAGUUCCUUAAUGGCACCUCCCCUGUCCUCACCGAAUGUGGCCUUACCUUAAACACAAGUGCAGAACUGUGUCAAUAUCUGGAUGACCGAGAUCACGAAGCCUUCUACUGCUUGAAGCUUCCAGGUGUCCCCUGUGAGGCCCUCACCCACAUGACAAGCAAGAAUAGUGAUGUCUCCUACCUCAGCCUUAAGGAGAAGCUCCUUUUGCAGAGGUUCAACAUAGCAGUUGAAGUGGUGAAGAAUUUGUCCAUCAUGGUUUCACCGUGUAACAACAAGACCGAGAAUAAGAAAAAGAAAUGUCAGAUUGGAAUGGAGACUCCUUUCCCUGGUGGCUACACUUUUAAAGGAAGGUGGAUUACAGCACAUUGUGAACAGAACGAGUUCAGGGAGAUAAAAGAUAUAAAUAAUUGCUUGUCAAGAAAACUGAUCUACCUCAUGGGUGAUUCAACACUGCGCCAGUGGAUUUACUACUUACACAAAGUUGUAAAAACCUUAACAUUUUUUGAUCAUCAUGGAGCCGGGCUCUUUAAAACUCACGUUCUUCUGGAUACUGAACGACAUAUUUUGGUUCAGUGGAAAAAACACAGCCAUCCCUUUGUUACUAAAAAGCUGUUUUCCAUGAAAGAUGACAACUAUAUCCCUCGGGAAAUUGACCAGGUGGCAGGAGACAGUGGUACAGCAAUUGUCAUUAGUUUUGGCCAACACUUCAGACCCUUUCCCAUCAAUGUUUUCAUCCGUAGGGCCAUCAACGUGAAAAAGGCCAUAGAGAGACUCUUCUUACGGAGCCCUGAGACCAAGGUGAUAAUUAAAACGGAAAACAUCAGAGAAAUAAAUGAAAAUGUAGAGAUAUUCAGUGACUUCCACGGAAGCAUUCAGAACCUUAUUAUAAGGGACAUUUUCAGGGACCUCAAUGUGGGUAUCAUUGAUGCUUGGGACAUGACAAUUGCAUAUCGCAGUGAGGAUGUCCAUCCACCUGACAGUGUGAUUGAAAGUCAGAUUGGCAUGUUCUUAAAUUACAUUUGCUAGAGGAUCUUAAGGUGCAGAAAACUACUCUAGCCCCGCCCCCAUUUCUGUUCUCUCUGAUCUCAUAGGUAUUUGCAUACACAACACAAUCUAACUCAUGAAGGAGCGAAUAUUGAGAAUUGUAGUUAAAUGUACAUAACAUAACAUUUGCCAUUCAAAUCACUUUUGAUCCUGCAACUCAGCAGUGCUAAGUGAAGUCCUAUGUCAUACUACCAUCAUUACAAUCCACUUUUUGAACAGUUUUACUCAUCCUAAAUAGAAAUAUCAAACCCAUUAAACACCCACUCACCACUUCCUCUGAACCUCAGACUUUAGCAUCUACAGCUAUUCUUUCUACCUCUACAAAUCUGACUGUUUUAAACACCUCAUAUAAAUGAAAUAAUAAAAGUCAUUGAACUCA